CUGCUCCGCAGUUUGCCUCUCUCCGCAGCCACGGCUGUUUUCAGUCGGUAGCGAAGCGGAGCCGAUCCCGAAGCUGGCUCAGUGCGCCCGGAGCUGGAGCGCAGGCGGGCGGGCUAGGUGCGCGCCGCGGGCGCCGCUUGGUGUGGCUGGCCCUGCGGGGAGGAGCGUCAGGGGCAGGCUUCCUCGUCCCCAGCGCCCCCUGCAUGGACGGGUGGGCCGCCGCCGCGCCCCCGAGCCCCGCGCCCGAGCCCUAGUGGGACCUCUCCAGCCCAGGGAGGGGCUGCCCAGAAGUUUGGGAGGCGCUCGGGAAAGUUUGCUCCAGGGGGGCCGCGCGCUGCGGUCCGGGGAGGGAGGGUCCCCCUCCACCCCCAGCGGGUCUCUCCAAAGCGCCCGCGGCAGCAUGGCGAGGGGGGCAGGUCGGGAGGAGGCCGCCUGGCCGGCUCGCUGCUCCUCCGGCAGCCGGAACCCCCGCUUCCUCUCCCGCUGGAGUCGGGGCAGCGCUUUCCAGCGGCCCCUCUGGCUGGUUUACAUGGCGCUUCUCUGGAGGCUCAGCGCGGCCGAGACGGAGUUUUCCAUCUUGGAUGAAGCGCAAGUUUUAGCAACUCAGAUGAAGAAACUUGCCACAGAGGAGCUGGGGGUCGUCACUAUGCAGCGGAUAUUCAACUCCUUUGUGUAUACCGAAAAAAUCUCAAAUGGAGAAAGUGAAGUUCAACAGCUGGCAAAAAAAAUUCGGGAGAAGUUUAACCGUUACUUGGAUGUAGUGAAUCGCAAUAAGCAAGUAGUGGAAGCUUCAUAUACUGCUCACCUGACAUCACCCCUGACUGCAAUCCAAGACUGCUGUACUAUUCCACCGUCUAUGAUGGAGUUUGAUGGGAAUUUUAACACCAAUGUUUCUAGAACUAUUAGCUGUGAUAGAUUGUCCACCACAGUUAAUAGCAAAGCCUUCAAUCCAGGACGUGAUUUAAACUCUGUUCUUGCUGACAAUCUGAAGUCUAACCCAGGAAUUAAAUGGCAAUACUUUAGCUCAGAAGAAGGCAUUUUUACUGUGUUUCCAGCACACAAGUUCCGGUGUAAGGGAAGUUACGAACACCGUAGCAGGCCUGUCUAUGUCUCUACGGUUAGACCCCAGUCUAAGCACAUAGUUAUAAUUGUGGACCAUGGGGCUUCAGUCACAGAGACACAACUUCAAAUUGCCAAAGAUGCAGCUCAGGUUAUUCUGAGCUCUAUAGAUGAACAUGAUAAGAUCUCAGUGCUAACCGUGGCAGACACAGUAAGAACCUGCUCACUGGAUCAGUGCUAUAAGACAUUUUUGUCUCCUGCCACUAGUGAGACAAAAAGGAAGAUGUCCACCUUCGUUAGCAGUAUAAAAUCAUCCGACAACCCUACCCAGCAUGCAGUGGGAUUUCAAAAGGCUUUUCAAUUAAUACGAAAUACAAACAAUGGCACAAAACUCCAAGGAAAUACAGAUAUGGUCAUAAUUUAUCUGUCAGCUGGGAUUACAUCAAAAGAUGCUUCAGAUGAUGAUAAAAAGGCUACUCUCCGUGUCAUCAAUGAAGAAAAUAGUUUCCUCAAUAACUCAGUAAUGAUUCUCACUUAUGCACUCAUGAACGAGGGAGUGACAGGCUUAAAAGAACUGGCAUUUCUCCGAGAUCUGGCAGAACAGAACUCAGUGAAGUAUGGAGUGCCUGAUCGAACUGCCUUACCUGUGAUCAAGGGGAGUAUGAUGGUCUUGAACCAGCUCAGUAACUUGGAAACCACAGUGGGUCGAUUUUAUACAAACCUCCCCAACCGAAUGGUUGAUGAGGCAGUCUUCAGUCUGCCCUUCUCAGAUGAAAUGGGAGACGGUCUGAUAAUGACUGUAAGUAAACCUUGUUACUUUGGAAACAUGCUGCUUGGGAUUGUGGGAGUGGAUGUUAACCUGGCAUAUAUCUUGGAGGAUGUGACCUAUUAUCAAGAUUCUUUGGCUUCCUACACAUUUCUCAUAGACAAUAAAGGGUAUACUCUUAUGCAUCCAUCCCUUACAAGGCCUUAUUUGCUGUCUGAACCACCACUUCACACUGACAUCAUACAUUAUGAGAACAUUCCAAAAUUUGAAUUGGUUCGGCAGAACAUCCUUAGCCUCCCUCUGGGCAGUCAGAUUAUUACAGUCCCAGUGAACUCCUCACUGUCUUGGCAUGUAAACAAACUGAGAGAAAUUGGAAAAGAAGCCUACAACGUCAGCUAUGCCUGGAAAAUGGCCCAAGACACAUCCUUCAUUCUUUGUGUUGUGGUAAUACAGCCAGAAAUACCUGUUAAACAGCUCAAGAAUCUGAACACCAUCCCUAGCAGCAAGUUACUGUAUCAUCGACUGGAUCUAUUGGGCCAGCCCAAUGCCUGUCUGCACUUCAAGCAGCUGGCGACCUUAGAAAGUCCCACCGUAAUGCUGUCUGCAGGUAGUUUUUCUUCUCCAUAUGAACAUCUGAGCCAACCUGAGACCAAACGGAUGGUGGAACACUACACGGCAUACCUCAGCGACAACACCCGUCUUAUUGCUAACCCUGGGCUUAAAUUCUCUGUCAGAAAUGAAGUAAUGGCUACCAGUCACGUCACAGAUGAAUGGAUGACACAAAUGGAAAUGAGUAGCUUGAACAGUUACAUUGUCCGCCGUUACAUAGCAACGCCCAAUGGGGUGCUCAGAAUUUAUCCUGGUUCUCUCAUGGACAAAGCAUUUGAUCCCACUAGGAGACAAUGGUACUUGCAUGCAGUGGCUAAUCCGGGGCUAAUAACUUUCACUGGUCCCUAUUUAGAUGUUGGAGGAGCUGGCUAUGUUGUUACAAUCAGCCACACUGUUCAUUCUUCAAGUGCACAAAUGUCUUCAGGACAGUCUGUGGCUGUGAUGGGCAUUGACUUUACUCUGCGGUACUUCUAUAAGGUUCUAAUGGACUUGCUACCAGUUUGCAACCAAGAUGGAGGCAACAAAAUAAGGUGCUUUAUUAUGGAGGAUAGAGGGUAUCUCGUGGCACACCCAACUCUCAUUGAUCCUAAAGGUCAUGCUCCGGUAGAACAGCAGCAUAUUACACACAAGGAACCCUUGGUAGCAAAUGACAUUCUAAACCACCCAAACUUCGUGAAGAAAAACCUCUGCAACAGUUUCAGUGACAGAACAGUUCAGAGGUUUUAUAAAUUUAACACUAGCCUAGUGGGUGAUCUGACAAACCUAGUGCAUGGCAGCCACUGUUCUAAAUACAGACUGACAAGAAUACCUGGAACCAAUGCCUUUGUUGGAAUAGUCAAUGAAACCUGUGACUCUCUUGCUUUCUGUGCCUGCAGUAUGGUAGACAGGCUCUGUCUGAACUGUCACAGAAUGGAACAAAACGAAUGUGAAUGCCCUUGUGAAUGCCCUCUAGAGGUCAAUGAAUGUACUGGCAACCUUACCAAUGCAGAAAGCAGGAAUCCUAGUUGUGAAGUCCACCAGGAACCGAUGGCAUUCACAGCAAUUGAUCCUAGCCUACAGGAUGCUCUUCCACAAUGUAUUAACACGCGGUGUAAUCAGAGGCUGGAGAGUGGGGAUUGCUUUGGCGUGUUGGACUGUGAGUGGUGUAUGGUGGACAGCGAUGGAAAGACCCAUCUGGAUAAAUCCUACUGCGCACCUCAGAAGGAAUGCUUUGGUGGCAUUGUGGGAGCUAAAAGCCCUUACGUGGAUGACAUGGGUGCGAUAGGAGAUGAGGUGGUCACUUUGAACAUGAUAAAAAGUGCUCCGGUUGGUCCUGUAGCCGGAGGUAUUAUGGGAUGCAUCAUGGUGCUCGUUCUGGCAGUAUACGCAUAUCGUCACCAGAUCCACCGGAGGAGUCACCAGCACAUGUCACCUCUUGCUGCACAGGAAAUGUCAGUGCGUAUGUCCAACCUGGAGAAUGAUAGGGAUGAGAGAGAUGAUGACAGCCAUGAAGACAGAGGAAUCAUCAGCAACACUCGGUUUAUAGCAGCUGUAAUUGAGCGGCAUGCCCACAGUCCAGAACGUAGACGUCGGUACUGGGGGCGAUCGGGAACAGAGAGUGAUCACGGCUAUAGCACUAUGAGUCCUCAGGAAGACAGUGAAAAUCCUCCAUGCAAUAAUGAUCCACUAUCAGCUGGUGUUGACGUUGGAAACCAUGAUGAAGAUUUAGAUCUGGAUACCCCACCUCAAACAGCUGCACUCUUGAGUCAUAAGUUUCACCACUACAGGUUGCACCAUCCAACUCUUCAUCACAGCCACCACUUACAGGCGGCAGUCACAGUGCACACUGUGGAUGCGGAAUGCUAAUACACUUUAUUCUUUGGGAAAAGAUGACAAAAGAAAUGCAGUUUGUUAGCAACGAUCCAUACAGCAAUGGGGAGCUUUGUGGUUGUGCUUUUACCAGGAGUGGUUUAACUACCUUCCUAAAGAAACUGUUACAUGCACACAACAUUUACAUUUACAAAAUGUAACGUUGGCUCUGGAAUGGAGGGAAAAUCAGCAUGAUGAAUGGACCUGCCAUAACAUUUUAAUAAAAUGCAGCGGGAGGCCUGUUAGACCUCCAAACACUGGGAUAAAAGUUUAUACACUAACUAAAGCUUUAGGAACCCUGUUAAGCUGAGCCAAGAGAAGGGAGAGCUCAAAGAAGAUGAAGAUGUUUUACUUUCCUUAACUGGAAGAGUAUAAAGCUGUGCAACCAGAGACAAAAAAGGUGCUGGUUACAGAAAUGGGUUUUUUGAGGUUUCCGUUCGUUUUUUAGAAAGUACAUUGCUCUUACAAUUGCUGUGUGGGACCUGGGACAAUGCAUCUCAAGAUUUUUAAGUAAAGGAUUAUUUUUCUACUAUUUAUUGAACUUGAAACAUUCAUGAACUUUGGGGGGAGGGGAAAAACACAUUAGUGACUAUUGACAAGGACAGCAUACAUUCUGUGUGAUGGUGAAGUCAUUCUUCCAAGGAAGGCGUCUGCUUCUUAUUAGCUGAUAUUCA